UAAAUAAUUUUAUGAUUUUUUUGAAGUGAUAAGGAGGUGUCGUAAAGAAUAAAAAAAUAGUUUGCGGACAUUUAGGGGGACUUGGUCAUCUUACGGGGAGGUUGACAAAGCCACCCGUGAUUUUUGGUUGGAAGAUGUUCAAGGGUUGCCGCCUUAGGCAGCGCCUAGCUUGGUUGUCUGGCGGUGCUUCGCUCAGGCGAGUACGGCGCCGAGAAGGUCUUUGUUAUUGGCUGCAGGAGGAGAUCACAUGGAGGAUUUUGGUAGGGAAGAGUCAAUGAACAUCUUAUCGUGGAAUUGUAGAGGACUGUACAAAAAGAUGGCGAUUGGAGUAGAGGAACAAGAACUGGAUCUAGUGGAAGCUGAUGUUGAGCGUGUGGCGGAUGAGCGGCAGGCGCGUCCCCCUCCUGAGUCACCGUCAUGGAGUGAAAGCAAAUCUAGGGUUUGGAAGAAGAUGAGUGAACUCUAUUUUAAUUGCAUUUUAUUCAGUUUGUGUUUUUCUGUCGGAUUGCAUGUUGUUUUGGUCGUGUUUUUUUUCCUAGCAGAGAAAUUCUUAAAUUUAGGUUAGGU